AUGAACACAUACCAUCGACACCCUUUGUCUUACUCGGUUCAAAGCUCCGGCGGACACUACAUUCAUGAUGAUCUUGGCUCUCGAUGGAUGCCCUAUGUAUCGGCGAUAGCAUACACUUUCGCAUCUUCGGUCCUCCUGUACUUCCUGUUGAUACACCUCCAUGUCCUACCACCGAUUCCAUUCUCCACACUAGCUUGGAAGCUCCUCGUGAUGCUUUCUCCGUCGCCGCUUGUUUUCGCGCUAGAUAAGGAUAUAACGGAAGGAACCACCACAAAAGAUGGCCCAGUACUCCACAACUCUGUCGGUACGGCAGCAAAGGAAGAAGCGUUGCGGAGAAUUUUCCGUUUCAGUCGAAUACCGUUCUUUUCCCAGGGCCCCGGGCAACGAAACUCGAGUUCUUCGUUUCCGAAGUCAACGGUGGUGGCGCCUCCAGGGCUAGGGAAUUUCAAUAACUCUUGCUAUCAGAACAGUGUUAUUCAGGGAUUAGCGUCACUUCGACAGCUUAGUGCCUUUUUGAACAACAGCCUUGAAUCAUUCGGGCAUGCGCGGGAGAUGUCAACGCAUGUAUCCCUGAAAGCCACAAUCAUUCAGCUCAAUGAUCUUUCGAAUACAGGUCGCAGACUGUGGUUACCAGGGGAACUCAAGUCGAUGAGCAGCUGGCAGCAACAAGACGCUCAAGAAUACUAUUCAAAGGUCAUCGAGCAGAUUGACAAAGAAAUAAGUCAAGCCUCGAAAUUGAAAGCUAUGGACGACGGGUUUAAGUCUGGUAUAACGUCCGACCAAAAGACACAGGCAGCGCCCACUGGUUCCCAGGGGUGUGACAUUCUAAAAAGAUUUGGCUUUGUGGAUUUGGUCGGCCCUUUUGAUAACCCCCUCGAAGGACUAACUGUGCAACGGGUCGGGUGUAUGACUUGCGGUUACUGCGAAGGACUAUCCCUGAUCCCUUUUACAUGCCUUACGGUUCCGCUGUCCCAGCGAAUGGAAUAUGAUGUACGGGACUGUUUAGACGAUUAUACUGCGCUAGAGCCCAUUGAAGGGGUAGAAUGCACCAAAUGCACCGUAUUACGCGUUGAAUCCGGCCUGGUCGAAUUCUUAGACAAACUGGAAGCCCAAGAUUGUAUUCAGCUUGAGCCGAGUGAAAAGGCACAGAAGGAAGCCUUGAGAAAAAUGACAGAAUCUAGAUUGCAUGCCGUUCGAGGGGUCCUUUCCCAGGAAGACUUUUCAGAAAAAACUCUUCUUGAAAAAUGCCGUCUCAACCCGAAGAAUCGCGUUUCCUCUACAAAGUCGAGGCAGUCUGUCAUUGCAAGGGCGCCCAAAUCGCUAGCCAUCCACAUAAAUCGAAGCGUGUUUGAUGAAUUAACCGGAGUUUUGAGGAAGAACUAUGCCAAAGUCAUCUUCCCAGAUAUUUUGGAUUUAGACGAAUGGUGUUUGGGCAGCAAGCAAAGUAAGAAAGAAGACGAUGAUUUGACGGAAAAUUGGGAAGCAGAUCCUACCAAAUCUAUGCUAUCAUCCCCAAACUCCACGUUCCAAUCCCUUAAUAGGAGAUACGAAUUGCGGGCUGUUAUUACGCAUUUUGGACGACACGACGAUGGGCAUUAUAUCUGUUAUAGAAAGAUUUCAUUCGAAUCUCCUCGCCCCACAUCCCUAGUUGAGCAUGGCUUGGAUGGGAACGAACGGAAAAAUGAUCAAUGGUUUGAACUGAGCGAUGCAGACGUCACGCCAGUUAGCAAGAAUCAUGUCUUGUCGCAAGGUGGAGUAUUCAUGCUGUUCUAUGAGUUGAUAGAAGGCACCCCUGAAGAGGCCUCCGAAGAGUCCUCCGGUAUCUCUUCCAAACAAUCUGAAAUUACACUGGAAACCUCCUCUGAAAUGCCGGUUGAUAUCCCAGAUUGA